AUGUCACCCUCCACCGUAGAGAAACUACACACAUUUCAUGCACAGGAGAGACAAAUAUUAUCUAAACUGGUUUUAGUUUUUUCAAGACCACCAGCUGAAUCACUUCUGGUCAUGGCCACAUGGCUUUGGCUUGAAGACUUUGGCUAUGAAAACAUCUUAUCAACCAUCGUUGCACUCACCGAUCCACUCAUUUUGGCUCUUGCAAACGAGGCUAUCUCGUGUUUCCAGUGCCUAGAUUCCAAGGACCCGCCGAAAGAUUUCAACCAGAUCCCUCUCACCACAGACCUCAUGAAAAACUAUAUAUCCCUUCCCAUAAUCUACAAACAUCGAUAUACUGCCAUAACAGGAAUAAAGAAUUUUUUAACCAUAAUUUGCUCUAGAAUUUUCUCUGAUAUCCUUCAAAAAGUUCUUCCGUGUUCUUCAUCAUACUCCUUUGUUACUCGAUAUCGGCGACCUCUCAUCAUCCCUGGCUUCCCACAUCCGACUUUUGGAAGCAUCAAUGUGUUGCCUGAUGUUGUUGAUGGUGAUUAUUUCCCUAACAACAACUUAUUCCUCAUUCCAAGUGGGAUAUGGGGAUGGAACGCUAAUUGCAUUGCUACCGAAGAGGACCGAACCAUGUUUAUAACGUUUUCUCGUGGAUUUCCCGUGUCGAAAGCCGAGGUAAAGGAACUCUUCACCGAUCACUUUGGAGAAAAUUGCGUUGAAUGCAUUUACAUGCGGGAGGGCAAUGAAAACGUCCUCUACACAAACGUAAAUAGCAAUGGUCAACAAAAACUAUUUGCGAGAUUGGUUUUGGAUUCAGUCACCACCGUGGAUCGCGUACUCAAUGGUACUAAUUUAUCAAAAUUUCAUAUCCACAGGAAGCAUAUUUGGGCUCGUAAGUUCUUAAAGAGGAACUGA